UUGCAUUUUGUAACAUAAAUUAGCUCUUCGUUUAAUUUAAUUUGUAAUUUUAUCUCUGAUCCCAAUAAGAUUUGAUUUGAACACUUACUAAUCGAUGGCGUGACAUGAAAGAGUGGAGCGGCUAGUCACUAACUGAGAGACUUUCCUCAAGCGAUAUCUCAGAAGGGUGACACAACUCAACUUCACCACAUACACACUCUCUUUCGUGUCGUCUGCGAGUAUCUUUUGUCAGGCCGUGUGUGUGUGUGUGUCGAGGUCAUGUGGAGGAAGGCCGUGCUGGUGGCGCUGCUGGCGUUGGGGAUGGGGUAUCUGUACCACACUGACCCGGAGCUGCCGGCCCGUGUGCUGAACUACGUCAGUGAAUCUCUCCCGCAGAUGGAGCCGAGUGACAGCUCCGAGCCCCGCCCCCCGACGCUGGAGGAGGCCAUCGCACGUGCCUGGCAGACCCUCAUCACGGCUCCGGCCCGACGCUGGGCGAGAGUGGCAGUGGGGGUGAACGCUUGUGUGGAUGUGGUGGUGUCCGGGGUGGGGCUAAUGCAGGCGCUCGCUCUCGAACCUGGAUCCGGCAGAGACCAUGUGGUCCUACACGGCAAAGAGGACCUGAAAGAGGCCUUCAUCCACUACAUGGGGAAGGGCGCUGCUGCAGAGCGCUUCUUCUCAGAUAAGGAGGUUUUUCAAAGGAUCGCACGGGCGGCUGCUGAAUAUCCCGGCGCUCAGCUUUAUGUUGGUGGAAAUGCUGCUCUUAUUGGCCAGAAACUGGCGUCUAACCCAGAACUUGUAGUCCUCUUAUGUGGUCCGGUGGGGCCGAAGCUUCAUGAAAUGCUGGAUGAACAGAUCAUAGUCCCACCAGAAUCUCUGCAGGAGAUGGAUGAGUUCCACCUGAUCCUGGAGUACAAGUCAGGUGAACAGUGGGGUUCCUCGAGAGCUCCUCAGGCUAGCCGCUUCAUCCUGUCCCAUGACGUGUCCAACGGUGAAAUGAGCACGCUGGAGACAUUCGUGGCCAGUCUGGACGAGUUCCAGCCGGAUCUGGUGGUUCUGUCCGGACUGCAUAUGAUGGAAGGAAUGGGCCGGGACCUUUGGGAGGAACGACUGAAAGAGGCGGUGGUGGCCAUCUCAGACGUGAGGAACGAGGUGCCCAUCCACCUGGAGCUGGCCAGUAUGACGGACCGAGACUACAUGAACCUGAUCCUGCAGGAGCAGGUCUUGCCCAUCGUGAACUCCAUCGGUCUGAACGAACAGGAGCUGCUGUUUUUGACUCAGUCCGGAGGUGGACCUCACGCUGACCUCACUUCCUGGGACGGCAUCCCCGAUGUGGGCCGCGUCAGCGACAUCCUGCUCUGGGUCCUGGAGCAGCAGGGCCGGGCGGACCCAGAAUCUGAAGCCGACCUGACCCGGAUCCACUUCCACACGCUAGCGUACCACAUCCUGGCUACGGUGGACGGCCACUGGGGAAACCAGGAGGCGGCGGUGGCCGCGGGCGCCCGUGUGGCCAGCAGUCAAGCCUGUGGUCUGCAAGCGGUAGAUGUCACGAAGGUGGUCCUCAAGGCACCGCUGAGCUUCUACAGCUCCUUCUCAGAGCCGAGGAAGAGUCUAACGGUGGACCCGACCCGACCGGUCACCGUGUGGCGCAGAGGAAACGUUUCAUUCCAUCUCACACCGGUCCUGGUGUGCAAACAGCCUCUGAGGACUGUGGGAUUGGGCGACGCCAUUUCAGCUGAAGGCCUUCUGUUUUCAGAGGUUACGCCUCAGCCUGAGCUCUAAGAGACGCCUCUCAUUCAUCCUUUUGAAGAUAUGUCCUCAACAUUAGGUCUUAAAGCUGGGGAAACAGACUUAGGGGAAAUCAAACGAAGGGAUGUUUUUCAGAGCAAAACAAGUUUGAGGUGCAGGGCACUCUUUGUUUUUUUUUUUUUGGUUGCUACUUUUGUCUAAAAUCACAUUGUGAAAGACGGCACUGAACGUGACGACGUGAGCCAGGUUCUUUAAACAAAGAUGAACAUUCUGUCAUAAUUUGCUCACCUUUAAACCUAAACGACCUUCUUUAUUACAUUAGAAAUUGUCCAGAAGUCAAACUCCGUUUUCGGUGAGUAAAUGAUGACAGAAUUUGUAUUUCUGGAAGAACUUUUUUAAAACUAUAAUAAGAGGAGAUCAUACUCUGGUUAACAGGUGUACAAGACCUGCAGCUGCUAUUGGGACGAAUGAAAGCGAACGAGAGAAUGAUUUUAGAGUCUUAAACGUCCCAAAUCUCCAUUGUACUUCCAAACACUCCUUUAUUUGGGUUAUGAAUGUUAAUUAGUAGCAGAACCGGAAGCCCAUCAGGUUUACCAGGUUUAUCCAGUGAUGCAUUAUUUUUCCCUUAAGCUAAGUAACAUUAAGUUCUUAUGGAAGCAUAUUACUGCCACUGAAUAAAAACUAAAAAAGUAAUUGCGACUUUUUUUCUCUGAACUGCGAGAUAAAGACAGAAUUUUGUGAUAUAAAAUCGCAGUUUUGCGGAAAAAGUCAGGAUUUGCAAGAUAUAAACUGCCAACUACGAAAAAAGUCAGAAUUCCGAGAUGUAAACACGGAAUCGUGAAAAAAAAAGUCAGAAUUCCGAGAUGUAAACACGGAAUCGUGAAAAAAGUCAGAAUUCCGAGAUGUAAACAUGGAAUUGUGAAAAAAGUCAAAAUUCCGAGAUGUAAACACUGAAUUGUGAAAAAAAGUCAGAAUUCCGAGAUGUAAACACGGAAUUUUGAAAAAAGUCAGAAUUCCGAGAUGUAAACACGGAAUUUUGAAAAAAGUCAGAAUUCCGAGAUGUAAACACGGAAUUGUGAAAAAAAAGUCAGAAUUCCGAGAUGUAAACUGGCAAUUACCUCUUUUCAUUUUUUAUUCACUGGCAGAAACAUGCUUCCUUAAGUUCUCUUAACAUAAUGAAAUUAAAAACAAAUGAUUCCAGGGUCAAUCUAAAGUCAAAAUAAUUCCUAAAUAUUAGUUAAUAGUUUAGAUCAUCAGUUUACCUCUCGGGAUUGUGGCCAUCAUUUACUGCACAUAUGAUUAAAUACCAUUCAUUAUUCUCGUCUUAAUCUUAAUGUUCUUCAAGAUGGGAAUCUAGCUGUAGGUUUUUGUAAAUUGGAGCCAGCAUUAUUUGUAUAUAAUAAGAGAAAUGGUAAAUAUUUCCCAUUCG